CUCCUCUUCUUCCUAUUAAAAGCCGCUCUGCAACCCCCGGCUCGAUCCACCCAACCCCGAAAGAAGUCGCCAUGGGAAGCUUCAAGAACGCCGCCAUUGCCUUUCUCGCCCCUCUCCCUUCCGUCCUCUUCUACCUCUCCUUCCUCCACCACUACCGCCACCGCUCCUCUCCCUCCCCUCCCCCUUCAGACCACCUCUGGGGCUGGUGCUUCCACCACCCUCUCCUCCUCGCCAACGUCCUCUUUUUCGCCAACGUCGACGUCCUCUUCUGGCUUAUCGGCCUCCUCCUCUCCAACCACUGGUUGAUUGAUCUGUAUUGGACGGUGAUCCCGGUGAUGCUGGUCCACUACUUCGCUAGCCAUCCGCUGGCGAAAGCGGACGCUGCUAGGUCGGCGGUGGUGACCGUGUUGACUUGGGUGUGGAGCGUGAGGCUCACCCACAACUAUUUCAGGAGGGAGCGGUGGCAGUGGGGGGCGAGAGAGGAUUGGCGGUUCAACGAGAUGAGGAAGGAGUACGGCAGACCCUGGUGGUGGAUAUCCUUCUUUGCCGUCUACCUCUCCCAGCAGGUCUUUUUGAUUGGCAUAUGCCUGCCAAUGUAUGCUAUUCACUCGAGCGAUAAACCAUGGAAUAUCUGGGACUCUCUCGCUACAGUUGCAUGCUUGAGUGGAAUAGUUAUCGCAUACUUUGCAGAUACACAACUCUAUGAAUUUGUGAGCGAAAAUGAAACUUUAAGUAAACAUGGUGCACCCUCAGUGCCAAAUCUUGACACCGGGAUCUGGCGCUACUCGCGCCACCCAAACUACUUUGGGGAACAGCUCUGGUGGUGGUCCUUGUUUGUGUAUGCUUGGAAUGUUGGACAAGGUUGGAUGUUCAUUGGCCCACUGGUGAAUAGCUUGUGCUUGGCAUAUGUUACAGUGCUGGUAGAACGGCGGAUGCUAAAGAAAGAUCAUCGGGCUGAGGCCUACAGGGAGUACCAGAGGAGAACAUCCGUCUGGAUUCCUUGGUUCAAGAGAACAAGUGGAGUUCCGAAGGCAAAGAGUAGCUGAUAUUUAAUCUGCAGAGACUUGUUGAUGCUAUCAUUCCUCGAGUCUUUGCCAUUCUGGAUACGAGUGUUUUCCUUUGUAUCUUUUUCAUUUGAAUCCUGUUUCUCAAGAAAUGUAUGCCAUAAUCCUGUUUCUCAAUAGACUAGUUGCAGGUUUUCUUUUCAUUCAAAUAAGUUUGUUGUGGAAACAACUCUUUUACAUGUUUAUUCAGUAUCUUGAAAAUGUAAAAACAAUUGUGUGCUCAUAUGUACAAGUUUUCCGAGGCCUGUUUGAAGUUCUAA